CUCACACAGAUGGAGGUGGGGUGAGCUGCUCCCUCUCUCUUUAAAGCCUGUACUGCAGGAGCCUCGAGGAAUGUAGGGCACAAAGUGCUCCUCAGCACUCCCUCCCCCACCAGCUUCACCCUGGCUCCAGCACAAGGUGCUCCCUUCCGUGCACCUCAGACAUCUUGUUUAAAAGGACGCCGUGUGACUGCAAUGUUCCCUGCAUGGGACAGGGUGCUCCGUUGUCACCGCGAGCCCCGCAGGCUGUCAGAGGGAAGCAGAGGCACUGGAAGCUGCUCUCCUGUCAAACUCUGCUGGCCCCUGCAGACCAGCUGCUGCCUCACAACGUGUAAAAGGGAUAUAAUGGUGCCUGUGGCAUCUCCAAGAUGGACCUUCAGUAUCCUGUGGAAUGGCAGCAACUAUGCCAAUGUCAAGCCCAGGCUGCAUCCCUCCCACGGCUUGAGAAUCUGGGGCAAUGAGAUCUCUAUGUACAAGCAAGCCAUCCAAAUUGGAAACUCCACAUGCACACUCCACCGACCAAAACACCCGAGGAGGACACCUGUUCACAGCUUUUCACCUGCAUUAAAGCUGGGAAAACAAGAAAAAGAGAAAAAGAAAAAGAAAAAGAAAAAGAAAAAGAAAAAGAAAAAGAAAAAGAAAAAGAAAAAGAAAAAGAAAAAGAAAAAAAGAAACCAACCCACUGAAAGGCAACCUCGCCCUUUGCCAGCAGAUGGCAAUGGCACUCCAUUUGUUCAUCGCCGAUCCCGUUCCUGGAAAAGGACCCAUAGCUGCCAUCUACAGAGCACUCCUGAGAAGCAAAGUCUUUAAAAAAUGCUUCAGCUCUGCGCAACAAAAACACUUUAAAAGUCGUGGGAGAGUAAAUAAGGCCAUUUCAUGUGCAGGCCCACCACCUAGAAGCCUGGAUGUGAUGGCAGAUUUAUGCUGCACUGGACAAACUCUAUGAUUUUCUCAUUCUCCCUCUUUCAUUUUCCUUUCAUAGAGAUCCAGUCUAGAAUAUUAAGGGAACAGGGUUAUUUAUUUAUUUAUGCCUUUUCAAUUUUCUUGAAUAAAAAGACAGAGUUUUCUUCUCCCCUGCAAAUUCCAAUCUGUGUGGAUGGGAAGCAGUAGGAAUCCAGCAAAGACCAGACCAUCUCAACAGCACUGUGAUGGCAUCUCCUCCUUCUCCCACCUGCAAAGCCUUUCUCUUUCUCUCAGUUUUAAAUGAGUCUUUGAAAUGCCCUUGAGCUACAAGGCCUAAUAAACUAACAUUUUUACAGACAUGUGCUCAGCAGUUCAUCACAUUUGUGUGGAACCUACAAUUCUUCCCUGAUAAAGGUAUUCAAUACAGCCCCUUCUUCUGCCCCAUUGAAAGAUAAAGUGCCCUCAAGCUGUGGGGCUGCUAACUUUCCACUGAUGGAUCAUCCACCCAAGAACAAAUUCUCUGGGGCUUCAAAAUCUCCCACUAAACUAGAGCAAUAAUUUGAACUCAGCCCUGCAACUGGACCCCCACCAGAGAACUUGAGACUGCUGCAGGCAGAAAGGGAAGGAGUCCUCAGCAUGACACGAAGGACUGCAGGCAGAAGACAGCUUUAAUGACAGCCAGCCUGGGGCAAAUCCCACUAGCAAGGGGUUGGACCUGGCACCAUGGGAGAGAAGGUACUGGAACCUGCAAAUAAGGGGGGGGUGAAGGCAUCCUCAUUUGGAUGGCCAAGCACAGCAUCUCUGAAGUGAGUAAUUAUGCAUGUCUGGACACUGCAGCUCCUCUAGCAGCCAUCAUGGCACAGGGUCACUUAAAGAUUAGGCUGUUAAAUUAAAACAGGGCGUGGAGAAGAUUCAGGGGAGGGCAACUUGCCCAAAGACAGCAUGUACUGUGCAACCUCUCUGGAAGAGUAGCUGAUUAGAGAGUAAGAGGCAUCUCUGACACAGGGAAGGGGACUCAAUCUCUGAAACUCCUCAAACAGGUACUUCACGGUAAUUUUUCUUGUUAGCAUGAAUAAAAGUCCCAUCACAGGGCUUGGCUGAACUGGACAUAUUUCAAGCUCCUCUCCAGUUGGCUAACUGAUUCCAAAGUGGGAGGAGAAUAUCCUUGAGAUAUGAUUUCUCUUUCAGACAUUUCCACCAGAGGCAGAAGGAAGUAAAUACACACCUACAGGCCACCCCUUUUCACUUGGGUUGAUAACCCACCCACUCGGUACCACAGUCAUUCCCCAGGCGGGGAGCCACCCCCUCUACAGGUGCUAUUGGAAAGCACAGGGCUCCAAGUGUUAUAUGUUGACAAGUUCAAGGAAUCCUGAAGGAUAAGAGAGCAACAGAGAGAUAAGACAGAUCCCUCAACUGCAACUUGAUGUGUACCUUGUCUGUGUCUAUGGGAAAAAAAAAAUGAGCAAUCCUUUCUCACUCGCCUCCUGCUUCUGAGGAUCACACAAUGAGAAGAUAAAUAUGGAUAUAGUGAAUUAUUGCCAAAUGGUGAAGAACAGUGCUGUGGUUCAAAAGGGAAAUAGCCCAUAGAUCUGUAAAUCCUAGAUAGUUGUGAACCUUUCAGCCUUUACAGAAAUGGUUAUCUUAGACCAUAAAAUGGCCCAUUUCCUGCAUUGCAGAUUGGUCACUUGAGGCAGGCCAACCGUGAGGGGGAAUGGGAAAGGGUUUAUACCCAGACAUACUGAGCUUGCAGGGCUUACAUAUUCACUGCUUUAUCUGUCAGCAUGAUGUUCUAACUGGUAUGGGAGAAUUUAACUGUUCCAUAAAGAAGAAGACCACAACAAAUUAAAAGGCCAUUUUUCCACCACAGCUUUGUCUGGGCUUUCAUCCAGUCCCUGGUCCCAGCUUGUCCAGCCCUGGGUUCCCCACCAGCUCUUUCAGUGCCCUCCUUGGAUUUGCAGUCCCAUGGCUCUUGCAGCCCUGAGAACCCCACUAGUGCCCCCAGGCAUUAAAAACUGUUCUUGUUCACUUUUCUUCAUUGCCUCUUUAGCAGGGGAACUGAUUUUGCUGUAAGAACUGCAGUGUAAUGACGUUUUAUGCAACUGAAGAGAAACCAAAAAUAUACCUUUAUUUUUAAGUGAUCUCACUGAGGAUUUCCUAUUCAGCAUCACAGGGUAACAGGCAUGACUCCAACCAUACACAAAAUAGAGCACCCGUCACCUUGCACAAUGCUGUUUUGCAUGCAUUUGGCUCCAGAUCUGUGCACCCAGAAGGAGAGCUUGUCAUAGUAAACUACAGCAGAAGAGCUAAUCCCAUGUGACAGGUAGUCUACACCACACUAUGAGCCAGCAGUUGGCUGUCAUCCUGUUCUUUUAGGGUGCUGCAGUCACAGGGCAGGGAAGACAUGUUCAUGUAUGCAUACGGAGAGCACUGAGAUGGCAGAGCGUGAAAGAGAAAAAUCCUCAGAGCCGACUGCAAACACACACGGGCACACAUUCGAGCCAAUUACACAUACACGUCUUACAUCCUUUGGCAAACACAACUGAGCAUUGCUGUGGGCCAGUUCACAGACAGGGAACCAAAGAGCACCGACAGCUAGACAGAAAAACAUCCAGAGACCUCAACUAACCCAGCUGAAAAUCACAAAAGUGCUAAAAAAAUCUUUCAUAAGGUACAAAAACUGUGCAAAUUCACCCAUGUGCUUUGUCAGACAGGAAUGAAGGUGAAUACACACAGUAGUAGACAAAAGCUAUACCAGUACAGAGCUCUGUGAGAGCCCCUGAAAUGUACACUGCCAUGCAGAGGGGUUUCCAC